GAGCGGUGCCUUUCGGGACUUGUAGUUUUCACGACGGGAUUGUGGGAAUCGUGGUUUGUGAGCAGCAAGCGAGGAGGCCCCGCCGCCUUGAGUUAUCAGAGCUUCCAGCUCCUUGGGCCCAACCUUCCAGCUGCCUCUCAUGCCUGUGUGUAACGGUUACAUCAAUCAGAAGUGAAUGACAGCUGGCCCACCAUGAACUGGAAGGUUCUUGAACACGUGCCCCUGCUGCUGUAUAUCCUGGCAGCAAAAACCCUGAUCCUGUGCCUGGCCUUUGCGGGCGUGAAAAUGUACCAAAGGAGAAGCCUGGAAGGAAAACUGCAAGCCGAGAAGAGGAAGCAGUCGGAGAAGAAAGCGAGCUGAAGAGACCUUAGAGAUUUUCCUAUUUAAAUGUCAGCUUGGGUAGAGUCCAGCAGAGAAGACAGAACAAAGACUUCACAGACAGGACCCACUCUGGCCUAGACCUUGAACUUAAAUGAUGGACAGUGUGGAUUUUUAUACGUUUUUAGAAGAACCAGUAUUUUGUUUACUGAAAUAAAAUA